AUGGGAAAUGGUACCAUUUAUUUAUAUUUAAAAGAUGCUUUGAGCUCCUGCACUAAAAAAUCGAAAUCAUCCUUAACCUUAAGGGAAUCCAAUCUAACAAUACGGAGACAGUUCAAUUAAACUACAUGUUCGAUCUUGUAGGGAGAUAUAUUUGUUAGUGGAUUAAAUAUAGGUAUUACAAUUGUCUAUCGUAGUGAAUUGUUCAUAUGAACCUGCUGAUUCGUUAAUCGUUAAACAGUAUUUUAUUUAAAAUAAUAUCUAGAGAUCAGAAUAUCAAGAAGAAAUAGAGGGAUGAGAUUAGAGCAAGUAUAUUCUUUCUUCUAUCUAGUGCAUAUUGGUGACGUUAUUUUAACAGAAAGAUAGAAUCUUUAUCUACUUCAUGCUAAAUUACCGAUGUAUUCCGAGAUUAAAGAUUUAUAAAAAGUGUAUUCAACUUAUGAAAAAUGGUAUCUAUGUAUAGUAGAUGUCUAGUUUGCAAGUUGCAGAAGAGAAUGUUUUGUCCGAAAUCACAUUUACUGAAUAAAAUGCCUUAAAUUUUACUAUUCCAAAAUAGUACAAUGCAGAAUGCUUAAUCAGAUGUAUCAUAAAUCAUAUAGGAUUAAAUCCUCAAACGAAUUUAAAAUAAAUUAAUUUUCUUAGUAACGAUUAUACAACAGUAAACUCAAUUAAAUAUAGCCUUAGAUCAACAUUUUUAAACUAGAAUUGGAUAAUAUCUUGGAAGAAAUGAAGGUACCCAAUUUGGCAGAGAAAAAUAGAAAAACAUUUCUUGAGUUUUUAAACUCUACAAAUUGUGAAGAAGCUCCAUAUUUCCUAAGUACUGGCUUGACAACUAGUUUUGUUCAUCUGGCUGAGAAAAGCACAGAAUGA